AUGCCAAAUUUCACAGAUGUGACAGGAUUUAUUCUUCUGGGGCUGACCAAUCAUCAGGAGCUUCAAGUUCUCUUUUUUGUGGUGUUUCUAGUAGUUUACAUGAUCACUCUGAUAGGGAACAUUGGUACGAUUAUUUUGAUCAGCAUCAGCCCCCAGCUUCAGAGCCCCAUGUACUUUUUCUUGAGUCAUUUGUCUUUUGUGGAUGUGUGGUUCUCUUGCAAUGUCACUCCGAAGAUGCUGAAAAACUUACUAUCAGAGACAAAACUGAUUUCCUAUGUGGCAUGUUUGGUGCAGUGUUACUUCUUCAGAGCUCUUGUCCUCAUGGAAGUAUAUAUCUUGGCUGUGAUGGCCUUUGAUCCCUACAUGGCCACCUGCAACCCUCUGCUUUAUGGCCGUAAAAUCUCCAGGACUGUGUGUGCUCCUCUCAUCUCUGUGCCAUACAUCCAUGGAUUCUCUGUUAGCCUAAUCUGCACACUGUGGACAUAUGGCCUGUGCUUCUGUGGAAACUGUGAAGUCAACCACAUCUAUUGUGCUGACCCUCCUCUUCUCAAGAUUGCCUGUGGAGGGGUCCACAUUAGAGAAUACACCAUGAUUGUUAUUGCUGGCAUUAAUUUCACAUAUUCCCACUCUGUGGUUCUCAUUUGCUACACCCUCAUCAUGGCCGUGCUGCACAUGCUCUCUGCCGAUGGCAGGAGGAAGGCAUUCUCCACGGUUAACGUGAGUUGGACACGACUGAGCGAUUUCACCUCACCUCAGGUCAUCUUCAUGUAUCUCAGGAGGUCCACUGAAGAGUCUGUGGAGCAGGGGAAGAUGGCGGCUGUGUUUUACACCACAGUGAUUCCCAUGCUGAAUCCCAUGAUCUACAGUUUGAGGGACAAAGACGCGAAAAAGGCGGUCAACAAAGCAAUCGUCAAGGCAAACUUGCGGCCGUGA